AUAGAUCUAUAUAAGAAGCAGAACUUUUUAUUCGAUUUUGUAGCAGAUGGAAGCAUUGAUCACCAUAACAGGUGUACACCGGGUCAUAAAUCAUGUCUAAGUCCAUCAAAAAUCGACGAUAAUUAUAUAAUAUAUGAACAGGUGUUCUACUGCAUAGAUAAUAAUAAACAGAUUUCGCACUAUUUAAAUUCCGACCCAACAACGGUUCAGCCUUACUCUUUCGAUAAUCCCUGCAGACUGUUUUUGUCUUUGUAUUGGACUUAUGUUGUACAUAAACAAAUAAUUUGUUCUCAAGUAAAAACUAGAAGUGAACGCAGUUUGAAUUGAAAGACACUAAAUUCAAGUACGAGAAUAAUUUUAAUUAAUUUUUAUACUAUUUUACAGUGUCACGAUUAAAGUACAGUUGCUACUGUGUUUGUUUGCGUCUCCUAUCAUAAUGUAUAUCCUAAUUUAUCUGUGCUUGGCUGUGCUUCCAUUCAUGUGUCACACCAUUCGGGUAACGUAUAUUCUAGAACAUUUAACAAUUAUUUCUUCAAACAACCGAGACGUCUGUGUCCUUAAUAUUAAUUAUGCUUCGCAGCUACACGAAUUGAUGACUCCGGACGAGAUCAUGGGAAUAUUUCACACGGCGCCUGACGCUGUGCCCGAUUACGAAGUGGUACCCGUUCAGCAUUCGAUAAAAGUCAUAAACGAGAAUGGCACAAAAAUAUUGCAUCUGAAAGCUUUCGACCACGACAUCAAACUCUCUUUAAGUAACACCGAGGGAUACCUCGCUAGCGUGGAUACACCUUUGUGGACAGUGAAGUCCGAUCAACAAGCCCCAGAAGGAAUCCAGUAUACUUUGAUACCGAACGCCCUGAAAGAUAUCGGGACAACAAUGCAAGACGAAGACGCAGGAGCAUCGAUCUUGGUCAAAAUGCACAACGAUACGCACCCUCUUUUCGACGGAUCUCUUUCUUCGAACUUGGUCAUACGCUCCCUACCAGAACGUGUCAUCAGAGACGUUUUGUAUAGAAAGAACGGAUCGUUCAAACCAUAUUUCAAUGAAAGCGACGUAAACGAUUUAAAAUACACAUACCAUCAUAUUAUUUAUAAAAAGAUUCCGUCUGGGAACAGCGAAGCGUUUAACGUAACAAAUCCAAUACCCAACAAGUAUCCAGUUCCUGAUGUAGUGUAUCCAGAAGUCUUGGUAGUCAUUGACGAUAGUUUAUAUUCAAUGCUAGGUAGAAACAUGGAGCAAGCUAAACGAUAUAUCGUAGCGUUCUGGAACGGAGUGGAUUUGAGAUAUCGCGCAAUAACUGAACCAAAAAUACGAUUAAACAUCGCAGGUAUAAUUGUAGGCAUGGACCCAGGAGCAAUUCCAUAUGUACAACAGGGUCGUCUCGAUUCAAAUUUAUUAGAUGCUGAUAAGGCUUUGAAGGGUAUGGCAAGUUAUUUCUACAAGGACAGAAGAGUUCCAUGGAAAAUUUACGACCUAGCACUGACCAUGACGCAUUUAAAUUUGUGUAAUAAACUGGACGCGCAUUUGUGCGAUACUUCGACGAUAGGAUACUCUUAUGUGGCUGGCGCAUGCAACAGGAAUAGCAUAACAAACACAUCAGAAGCUGCUGGCAUAGUUGAAGACAAUGGCGGUUUCAGUGGUAUUAUACCAGCAGCUCACGAGCUGGGGCAUUUACUGGCAUCUCAUCACGACGGGGAUCCGAGAGAUCCUGGAAAGUGCUCGCCAAACGACGAUUACAUCAUGUCAGCCACUUUAGUAUUGAGCGAGAAAGAAUUCAAAUGGUCCAAUUGUAGCUUAAAUGCACUUCGCAAAUUUAUCAGCGAAGAUAGAGCAAAAUGUGUUUACGACGAACCUCCGACAGCCACAGCGAUAAGAACCAUUUUACCUGGAAAAUUGAUGACCGUAGACGAGCAAUGCGAAAAAGUAUACGGCGGCGGCGCGUGUAACAAAAACUCGCCUUCCAUCUGCUACGAACUGAUCUGUGAAGCUCCCGGUACCAACGGCGUAUGUGAUGCAAUUGCGGCAGCAGCAGAGGGUUCUUCUUGUGGAACUAAUCUCAUAUGCCUCGAUGGACAAUGCGUGUUGGAAGGAGCCGAGUCUAAGCAAGAAAGAAGUUAUCUAUCGGGGAUGAAGUAAACUUAAGCCACGCUUAGAUCACUGAGAAUUCCUCGAAGUAACUCUGACGCAGUCCCUUGGUUCAAAAUCCUAAACAAUCAAGAUACAAAUCGAGUUUGUUAAGAUUCCUCUCUUUGAACGGCAAUAAAUAUAAAUUUCGCAUCACACUUAUCAAUCAAA